UUUUGACCGUACUUGUCUGAACGGACACAUUGUAGAGUAUGCAGCCCCUCGUUGUUCUUCCCAUUGGUUGGCUUGACCAGGAAAUGAAUGUAUAUGUAUUUUAAACAGGGUUUCUCAGCUGGGCUUUAUGCAUUUUAUCAUGAUGAUGCGGGAAGACCUGUGACACAGAGCCAUGCAAACGGACUGCCACCAUUUAAUGAGAGUCUGGGAUUGUACCAGUGGAGUGAUCAGGUGGUUAGAAGAGCAUCAAGGUUAUGGGAUAUCCGUGGCAACAGGAUGGAAGAAGCCCAAAAACCUUUUUGACUGCCCAAUCCUGGAGGGGAUGGAGCUUGAGAACCAGGGUGGUUUGGGGAUAGAGCUCACUGGGAGAACAUAUUGCUGGAGGUACUGUAACUGCUGCUGUUGAAACCUAUGUCUGUGAGCAUGUUGUAAAGAACAAAGGAUCAGCUUGUUACUGCCAGAGUUCACUUUUUAGUGCCUUGUUCGACUGGAAGGUGAAAUCAACUGAAAAUUAAGCAAAACAAACUGAUAUUUUCUGAGCUGUGAAUGAGGCUAUGACAGGAUCUCACACACAGAACAGAGUGUUUUCUACGAUUACCUUAGCAACAAUGGAGGACACUGGCUGGUACAGAUCCAAUUACAGCAUGGCAGAGAGACAGGACUGGGGAAGAGGAAUGGGCUGUGACUUUGUAAUGAAGAGCCUCAAGUUCUGGAUGAAGCAGAAAGCUGCUCCAUUCUGUGAUGCUUUGAGGAGUAAUCCUUUACAGCUCACAUGCAGGCAGGACCAGAUGGCUGUGGCAGUGUGCAAUUUACAGAAAUAUAUGAACAAUAUACCAGCGGAGUAUCAGUAUUUCGAUGGCAUCCCUGGCAUCCCUUUUCAAGAUUUUCCUUACUACGGUGGCUCAGUGGAGAUAGCUGACUACUGCCCGUUCAACCAGGAAUUCAGCUGGCAUCUGAGUGGGGAGUGCAGUUCUAACUGUAAAAUUGCUGAAAACCAGCCAGGUUAGUGGCACAGUGAAAACCUACAUACUAACAAGCUGUCUAUAAAGCUGUUUAUUUUGGUGGCCCCCAGUGGUUCACCUAGUAAAAGCACAGCUGUUUGGAGUGCAGAGUGAGUCACAGAAGCUUUUGUUCAAAUCCUGCUUGCGCCGAGUUGCCGAUCUUGGCUGGGGACCCAUAGUGAGCUCUGCAUUGGCCUUUGCUCUCCAAAAGGAUUAGGGCGGAAAAUAGCCUGAGCACAGUCAUCCUCCUCGCACUUCAGCAACCCACACUGGUCAGAUGGGCAAAGAGUUCAGCCCACGUGGGGUUCAGUAGCUUCAGUUAAAGGUGUAUUAUGGAAAAAAUGACAAUGCUUUGGGUUUGAUAUUGCAAGAAUAUGAUUUUAGAAAAAUCAAGGAUUCUAGAAUUAGCUGAUUUACUUUAUUGAUCCCUUUUUCAAAUGAACUGCACUUUUUUUCAAUGAUGUAGAAAAAAGCAGCAUUUGCUGCACUUUUACUUGAAGAAAAUGUAUUCAGUGUGGAUAUUGUCCUUAUGCAGGAUCGUGUUCAUUUUAUAUAAAGCUCAACAAUACACACACUGAUGUAUUUUAUAGACUCUGAUACUCCUGACUUUUAAGGGGCAGGAGUAACAUUUUGCAAGACAUUGUAUAGAAAUGUAGUGUGUUACAGCAGCUUAUUUCUUGCAAUAAUUGUGCAGUAUGGCGUGCUGUACAAGCUCUAAGACAAGAAACCUACCAAUUAUGAGCAACCCCUCGUUCCGUCUAUAUGCCUAAUCAAUGUACUGAAAAUCACUCGCUUAUAAUAAUAAUGCCCAUUCAUUCUCUUAAGCAUGCCCCCUUUAACACACUCGGCAUGGGCUAAGCCCACUGACUAACACUAAAUAAGAUUAACAUAAUGUUGCACUCUGCAAAAUGUGUGAAAGUUCCUACUGUACAAGCACUCUGAAAACAGUUACAAUCACAGUUUUGACUAUUCUACAUAAGCCUUACAUAUCUGACAAUAAUGGCCUGUCAGAUUACAGGGGUUGAUGCACUGUUCCUUUACCAGGGUGCCUGCAGAACUGUCAUCUUAAGAAAUGUAUUGUACUCCUGGGUUAGAUUAAUUUAAGACGUUUUUAGUGAUCUGUGAUUGUUAGUGAAUUGAUCUUCUUUUGACAUGUGUUUGGUUACCUUUCUAUUUCUGUAUGAACAAGGACUCAAUGUAUUUACAUACUGAAAAUGUUAGCAAUGAUAACUCUUUUUUACAAUUUCAUUUUUGAACUGGUUUUAUUGUAGAUGCACUUAACAGUGGGAUUUCAGUAUUACGUUUUGUUGCAGCUUUUUUAAAUAUUACUUCUACCCAAUAUAGUUAACCUGCAAUUGUGUUCUAACUCACCUGCUUGUAAAGCUCUAUGACCUGGUCUUUAUUUAUCUGCACAGUAUUAUUUACACUCCAAUAUCUAUAAUGUUUUAAAACUACUGAAACUGUUUUAAUUGCACAUACCUUUUUAAGUCACAAGUCUUAAUUAUUUUACUAAUGAAAUAUCUUCUUUAGACAACAUUCUCUAUGGAAUACAUGAGAUUUACACGAGUUACCAGCAAGGGGAUCAUUUUGUAUAUUUGUUUCCAGGCAGUCUGCCAUACUUGAAGGUUUGUAUUCAACAAAAUCCCAACUAGAAAAAAAUAUGUAUGGAGGAAAUUCUACAUGGAUUUAGUUAUUUCCCUUUCUAGAUAAUGUUAACUCAUUCUACAUAUAAUAUGCUCUGCUUUGAAAGUAUCAUGUGUGCAGUCUACAGUGAAAUCCCUCUAUUCUGACCACCUAGAGAGAUGCAGCACCGACUCGCAGCAUUUUAAAAACAGCUUUAAGAGCAAAGAGGAAAGAUGUGCACCUUAACUGAGCUAAACCUGAACUUCUGCAAAGCUGGUGCAACUGAGCCCAGGUCUUCAGAAGAACGUGGACACAAGGAGAGAGAGCGUACUGUGCUCGUAUAUUGAAUUUUUGUAAAGCACCUUGAAUGCUGUGAAAGACACUACAGUAUAUAGCUCCAGAAUCUGAUACCAGAGCUUUGUUAAUAGUAUAUGACAACCUGCAAGGGCUCUGUACUCCAGUCAUAGGUUUAGAGUUGUCUGCUAUGUAAUGAGACCAAAGACAUUUCUAUAGAUAAAUCUGAGCUUGCUUAAAAUAAUAAUAAUAAUAAUAAUAAUAAUAAAAAGACGUACUUCCUCUUUGUUCUGCUUAUUUUACAUUAGAAAAAAUGGCAAUUUUUUGCGUUAUUAUGGUUUGUAGCUAGUUGUAUGUAUUAUGUUAGAAGAGAUCAAAAUAAUGUGAAUGCUGGAAAUAAAUGAAUAAAUGAU